UGAGUGUAUGUCAGUAGAAGCGCUGGAAGCGCGCCGGGUCGACGCGUCAAAGCCGUUGUGAAUACUUUCCUAUGAUCAUGAUUCUUCCAGCGCCAGCCCCGGACCUCCCCACAGUUCCGAAGAGCAGACUAUAGUUAUAGGUCUUCGCGACGUCGUCUGCGCGGUGUGGUGAAGUGAUAUGCGAGUCUUGUCUGUCAUGUUUUGGCCGCUCCAUCUAUGGUUUACUUCUUGUAAACAUGUCAGCGUCUCGCCGGCAUGGGCUCUUGCUCCUCACCGUUAUGAAGGAGCCGUGUAACUCAAAUUCGAUUGUAAUAUCAACUUAUGAUAUCGUGGACGGGAACGCGCAGACGGAGGUGUCCAACAGGAAGACCCCAGGUAUGUUCUGUGGGGAGAUAGAGCAGACGCGCACCUUCAUCUCUGAGACCUCCUUCGUCAAGAUCAUCUUCACAGUCACUAACUUCACAGAGGAGACCUACUUCAGCUUCGACUCCCGAGUUGAGCAACAGAAGGAGGUGUAUGGAAGAUUUGGGCCCAACCCAGUGCUGUAUCCAUAUCGCCGAGGGGAGGUGGUUCCGGGCACCUACUGUGAGAGGGUCUUCACAGACUGUAAGCUGCAGUCAUGUUUUGUGCAGUCACCUGGAUACCCAAGCGUGUACCCACGCAACCUGCAUUGCAAGUACUACCUCAACACUCGCAUGCCCUUCAUCAAGCUUUACAUUGAGAACGAAGAGUUUAAUGUGGACGGCCAGCGCUGUGAGAACCCCAUGAUGUGCCCUAUGCGCCCACUCAGCACUAACUGCCCCUUCGACUUCAUCCGUGUCUACGACGGCAAGAAUGAAGACGCAGCUCUUAUCGGCACCUUUUGUGGGAUGGGCCGUUUUCCUCACUCUAUCAUUGGUUCAGGUCAAGACGUGAUGGUAGAAUUCGUAUCAUCCCCUGCUGGUCCUUUCCUCAAUACUGGAUUCCACUUCAACGUGGGCAACUGGCCUGGUCAUGUAGAGUCUAGUGGAUCACGGAAUGGGACAUGUGACUGGGUGUUCUCCAGCGACACAGUUGAACGAGGACAGGAAUCUAUCUUUCUCUCCUUGGCUCAUUGGUAUCCACCAGGAACUUCCUGCUCUUACUUAAUUCGUGGACGGCCUGACGAAGUGGUUAGGAUGUAUUUCCCUUCUUUUCGGGUGCGUCCCAUUGAGGCUCCCAUACGCCCCUAUGAUGGCGACUGUGGCGAAACUUUGAUCAUCUACGACUCUGAUCAUGAGGAUGAUGCUCGUAUUAUGAAGAUGUUUUGCGAUACAUUUUCUCGGCCAUUGGAGAAGCAUGAUUUUAUAUCGUCAGGAAGUGCCAUGUUUGUGAAAUUUGAGAGUCGCACAGGAAGUUACGAUGGAUCUUCAUUGUAUUAUUGGGCUCAAUAUGACUUCUUCAACAAUACACAUUAUGGAAAACCCGUAGAGGAUACGCUUUGUGAUGAACUCUUCGAGUCAUUUGUGAGGCCUGAGGGCAAGUUUGGAUCACCCCUCAACACACUGCUUUAUAAGACCGAUGAAGAUGUCUUAUGUCGUUACCACUUCAAAGCCCCACGCUAUCAGUAUCGUCGUAUACUCUUAACUAUUAAUUCUACAAACUUCAAACAUAAUGACGACGAUUGUAUGGAUUGCCUAAAUGACAAAGUAGACAAGCUGAAAAUUAUCGAUCCUUUUCGAAAUGGGACCAAUGUUUGCAUUUGCGACAAUUGGCUCUCGGGAAACCGUCUUCCUCCUAGUAUCGUCUCUAAUGGACCAUCACUUACUCUUGAGAUGCAUGUUGAUCAUCGUCAUGCUAUGCAAAACUACUUCAAGUCAACAUCGCCAAUAUUUGAGGGCACAUACAAGUUUAUCCACAGUCCCAUAUGUGGUCCUACGGUCAUACCGGCCUCCACCGAGGGCAAUAUCAUCUAUCCAAAAUACGAACCAUAUGUGUACGGUGGAUAUGGAGAGGAUGUUCAUUGUAUCUGGGAGCUGAGGGUAAAACAAGAGCGUGAUGUCUGGCUGUAUGUAGACCAGCUCGAUUUCUCUCUAAAUGACUGCACGUUGGAAGUUAUUGAAGUGUUUCUGCCUGGCCGUGACCGGCCCGAAUUUACUAUCUGUGAGAAAGGUGACACAGUUGACGAAUCGAAGGCCAGCAUCCUUAAGGCCCGCGACUUGACAGAGGGUGCCAUCAUUAUACACUUUAAAUCCUCAGCUCCAGGUCACUCCAACUUUAAAUUGACUUGGACAGAAUUAUUUGAGUUGCCAAGAAACAGCGAUGGCACUGUCAUGACUUCAAAACUUAUGGCACCAGGCGAGUGUGAAUUUGUGUGUCCCGGACAGGCGGCUUGUAUCCAUGACGACUUGGUAUGCAAUGGUGUUCGCAACUGUCCGGGUAAUAGUUCUGGCGCUGCCCAACAUGAUGAAGCACCAGAGAUCUGCUUCUCUCGUACAGGAUCCAAGUUCAACUAUGUAGCUCUGGGGCUUGGUGCCGCUGGUGGCACUGUAGUGGCCGUGGCAGUGAUAAUCCUCGUGUGCCGCAAUUGUCGUAAACGACCCGACGACAACACCUUUUAACUAUGCAAACUUUUACUACACAAAUUCAAGAGACAUUUUGGGCAUAAAUGUAUGAAAGCCCCAACACUUGUGUUAAUGAACAAUUCUUAUGCAAGAGACCAUGGCGUUGAUGGAAACACAGUGUUUACACGCCCAGCAGUAAGAGCCCAGGAGUGUGUGGUGGGAUCCGUGUAAAAAUGCGUUUGUGUAGUACAAGCGAAUGUAAGGUAGUUUCGACCAAUUGUUUCUUCCAUAACAAGUAACACAGGACAAAGAGGCCUUCGUUGUCUCCUCAGACAGGAUGAACUCCAGUUCUCUGUCCAGCUAUCUACGUCUUCUUAGGCGACUUCUCAUUCCCAGGUGUAAUUGUGCAUAGAUAUACAUAUAUAAUAUAAAAUUAUAUAUGUAUAUACUCCUGAAUUCAUAUAAGUGUCAAAGACUACAUAUAUAAACUGUAUAUAAACUGGUUUAGUAUCCAAUAGUUGGAGGGUUUCAAGUACAUCUUUCUUUCAUACUAGUAGGUCAUUUAAAAUGAACAAAAUCAAAUUUUUGAUUAAGUACAAACAUGCUUCUUAAACAGCUAAUAACAUGUUGCAUGAACAAUACUGAUGCAACAACUUUCAUCUUCGUUUGCUGUUGAUCAGCACCUCUUAUUACUUGUUAUAAAGUUGCUGUAUAACCUGGCGAGUUUUACAAUAAAAUAUUAAUGCCUUUGUUUUAUAGCAUUAUCAACUCUACAGUAGGCGGAUGUUGCGUGUUCAUUGUAGAGGGGCUGAAGUUUGCCUCUAACCUAUAGCAGUGCAACAGUUUUUCAGUGGCAAAACAUCUGCAGAGCGAACCAUUUAAUUGCAUUUCCAGUAUAUAAUUAAGGCAAUCACCAUUAUUUGUGCCGAAACCUUUUAAUCAGCUUAUCUCCCCUUAAGUGACGUUAUGCUAUAAUUACAAAAUCCUUCAAAGGCACUGUUGGCAGUGGUCAGAGCCGAGACUUUGUAACUAUGUCCACCAUUAGGUUUUAAUACGUCACUUUGAAAUCAUUAUUUGUUUUGCAUUGUCAUACCAGGUUAAAAUUUAUCUUGCUAUAAUUCUAAUGAUUAAUGCCAUACUUCUCUGCAACUGCUAUACUUUAGAGAACUUCGAGGAGUGGACUAUCACUAAUAAUAGAUCAUAAACUACAGAAUUUCAACCAUUUAAGAGCAACCAUCGUCAACCUAGCCAUAUCUCGGCUGUUCCAGGUCAAAUGUUCUUACCCUCCAUCAGAUUUGGAGAAAUGGAUAUAUUUUACAUUAUUAAAUAGGAACUAUGCACUGCCAAGAUAAUUUGCAUCUUAUAUUUAUCUACGGUCUUUUAGAAAAUUUAGAACAAAAAAUUACAAGUGGGGACAAACACCAUGAUGCCAGGGUUGAUGCAAGGACUAUCAUAAAGGGUAUUCUUGUGCAGCAGUACAGUUAGUCUGCUGCAUUUGAUGUUUGCUGUCUUGUAAAUAGACUAUACUAUUUCUAUAAUUUUGACAAUUGUUUGUUGUGAUUUGCCAUGUCUGUCGGAAUUCUCAUGUCAAGAACCUUUAUAGAACAUUCUCAUAAGGUCAUUUUUAGCAACAGUAUUGUAAUGUUUUAGUGUGCCCAAUUAUUUUAAUGUUUUAAUAGUGACUAGAUAUACUGAGUUACAUUUUUAUACAGCUUGGUAGUCUCUUAAAACAGAAUGUUGUACACUGCCGGACGACCACAAAAUCUGGGUCAUGACCCGGAGUGCAGACUGUGGCAUUGAGCAGUGUUUUCUCUCUCCUUUAUACAAGUCAAAUCUAAUGAAUCUUUUUCUUAACAUGACAAGAUAAUUUUAUAACAACUUUCAUGAUAAUAUAAAUAUCUCAUGGGUAAUCAUUUAUGAUUUUGUACAGUAACAGUUUUAAUUUUAAGUUUAAUAAUAAGGAACUAUAAGGUGUGGCAGCAUCACUUACCCACCCGUCACUACCAACAGCUCGAGGUUACAAUAUAAUGUAUCCACUAAGGUUACGAAUUUAGCUGACAAGUGCAUCGAAGUUUUUUUUUUUUUUGCAGUACACUAUCAAAUGUAGUCAGUACACUAUCAAAUGUAGUCUACUAAUCUGGCAUUUACCAAUGCUUCCAAGAUUUACAAUUUACUAUACUGGACCAUAAAAAACUAAAUUCUAAAUGCGUGUGCAUAGGCUGGUGGCAUCACACUGUUGUAGGCAAGUUAAAUUUAUACAUG